CUCUCCAGUGAUGCACAGCUGAAGGUCAGGGCUGCAGGCACUGCUUGCUCUCCAGCUCAUGAAUCAGCUCCUGGCCUCACGGAGCCUCCAGAUGUGCUUAAUUCCCUUAUUCAAAUACAACGCAAUUGGCCUUCAGCACAAGCGCUGGGCUCUCAGAAAUACUUAAUGGGAUGUGAAUGUGGCUGGACUGAGUUCAUCCCUGGGAGCAUGACAGUGGGUGGGAGGUACAGCUUAUUCCUGCGCUCUAGGAAAUCAGCGAGCAGCUUCCUCGAUGGAGGUUUAGCACUAAGUUACCAUGAGUACUCUGCACCAUUCAUUGGGAUUUGCAGGCACAGGCUCCUUCUUUCCUUGCACGCUUUACUGAGCCACGUAUCCGGGCCAUCACUCUGCUGCACGGUGCAGGGAGGUGGGGGAAUCUCUGUCCCUCUCCCCCUUCCUCCCUCCUUUCUUCCCUCCCUCUCUCCCCUCCCUUAGCUGCACUGACUCUGGGACUGAGCUCUCUCUGUUGAGAUCUCUCCAGUCACGCCGACGUGCAGCGAGGCACUGGGGGCUCCUUUCCCAACAUCUGAGAAUGUAGCAGGAUCUGAACUGCCUCCUGGAGAGCUGCUCCAACAGGUCCUGCUCACCAUGCUGAUUCGCACCUGCUUCUUUUUUGCCUGCCUGCCUGUGGCGAGCCACGUCUGGGGACGAGGGGGGCAAGGGUCAGGCCGGCUGAAACUCACAGUCCUUUCAGAAGACAGGCUCCAGAUGAAAUGGAAAGAAACCGAAGGAAACAUCAAUGGCUACAAAGUGCGGGUAAAGCCCAUGGCAGGGGACUCGGAGCAAGAAGUCAUGCUGAAAACAAAGACUCCCAAAGCCACAGUGGGGGGGCUGAGCCCUACCAAGGAAUACACGCUGCAAGUCUAUGUGCUUAAUGGCUCCCAGGAAGCCUUAUUCGCCAAGAGGAAAUUUGUGAUAGAGGACCUUAAAAAUGCAUCCCAGACGAGAAAUAACAGAAGGAACUCGGGAGCUGCACCAGGAAAGAAUCUCACCUCUUUGGGCACCUCAACAGUGGAGCAGAGCCUGGGGAUGGAAACUACUCCACCACCCUUGAGCACCGUCCUGACACAUUCAGCAAAGGACAGAGCUGAAAAGAAAAGGCACAAAGGGACUCAGCCCAAGGGCUCAGGAGAAACCACGAGGAGCCAGCCCAGUGUUGGUGUGACACAAACACCGUCACCAACCACAAAGUCACCCCAGCGUGCCAAUGCAAACGUGGAGCAAGAGUCUCUAGGAAAAGAAAAACCCACAAGGGAUUCACUGAGGAGAGGUUACCAGUUUCAGUGUGACACGUCUGCAAUGACCGAUAUUGUCCUGCUUGUGGAUGGAUCGUGGAGCAUUGGGCGCAGCAAUUUCAAGCUCAUUAAAGACUUCCUGAGUGCUUUAAUUUCCCCAUUCAAUAUUGCCCAAGACAAGAUUAGAGUAGGGCUGUCCCAGUACAGCAGCGAUCCCCGCACAGAAUGGGAUCUGAGCACUUACACUACGAGGGACCAGGUGCUGGAGGCAGUGAGGAACCUUCGGUACAAGGGUGGCAACACCUUCACAGGCCUGGCGCUAACCCACGUCCUGGAACAAAACCUUAAACCAGAUGCUGGUGCCCGGCUGGAAGCUGAGAAAUUGGUAAUCCUUCUGACUGAUGGAAAAUCCCAGGAUGAUGCCAACCUGGCUGCUCAGACCUUGAAAAACCUGGGCAUAGAGAUAUUUGCUAUUGGGGUGAAGAACGCGGAUGAGGCUGAGCUGAAGCAGGUGGCCUCAGAGCCGCUCGAGUUGACGGUGUACAACGUGCUGGACUUCCCCCUGCUCAGCUCCUUGGUUGGCAGGCUCACCCGGGUCCUCUGCACCAGGAUCAAAGAGAGAAGCAGCAAGGAGAGUGCAGGCAGAGCUGUGAAAGAUAUCCCUGCAAAUACAGGUCCACAGCUGAGCCCAACAGACCUUAAAAUAUCAGCUGUGACUUCUAAAAGCAUGAACUUGGCCUGGACUCCUCCUCUGAGUCCACCGAAGAAAUACCGGGUUGUGUACUAUCCAUCAAAGGGCGGCACUCCCAAGGAGGUUCUUCUGGAUGGAGCCAUCUCCUCUCUGCAGCUUUCUAACCUGACCUCGCACACAGAGUACCUGGUGUCGGUGUUUCCCAUUUAUGACACAGCCGUUGGGGAUGGGCUGAGAGGUGUCACCUCCACAUUGCCUCUGUCUGCCCCCCGUUCCUUGCGUGUCUCCGAGCUGAGUCACAACAGCAUCAGGCUGAGCUGGAAGGCAGCCCAGGGAGCCACACAGUACCUGGUGCUCUGCUCUGCAGCCCCCGAUGGAGCAGAGGACGAUACGACAGAGAUGAAGGUGGCUGAGCCUGAGGUCCUGCUGGAUGGGCUGUCACCCAGCACUGAGUACUCCAUAGCAGUGUAUGCGUUGUAUGGGGAAGAUGCCAGUGAUCCAGCCAGCAUCCAGGAAACCACCUUGGCCUUGAGCCCUCCCAGAUACCUGAGCUUCUCAGAGCUCAGCCACUCAUCCGUGCGGGUCAGCUGGGAGCCAGCAUCACUGGCAGUGAAAGGUCAUCGCGUCACAUAUGUGUCUAGCAGAGAGAGCAACACUGGGGAGGUUGAGGUUCCUGGCACUGCAAUGUCCACUGUCCUGAGACCAUUGUCCUCCCUCACCCAGUACUUCAUCAGUGUCCGCUCUAUGUACGAUGAGGGUGACUCCUUUCCAAUCACUGGCAAUGUCACCACCUUGAAGGUCCCCCCGCCGCGGGCGUUGAAGGUUUCCGAGCUCUCUGAGAACAGCCUCCGGCUGCACUGGGAAGCUGUCGCUGCCUCUGAUGUGGUUGUCUAUCAGAUCAAAUGGAGCACAGCUGGUGGAGAGAAGCCUCAGGAGCUCUCCAUCGCUGGAAAUGCAGCAACGGCUGUGCUGCCAGGACUGCAGAAGAACACAGACUACAAAAUAUCCAUCUGGGCCUACUACAAAGAUGGUGCUCGAAGUGACACGGUUUCCAUUCAGCACAGAACCACUUCUCGGAGCCCACCCACCAACCUCUUCAUAGACUCCGAGAGCCCCACCAGCCUCCAGAUCCAUUGGAAGCCCCCUGAGGGUCGCAUACAGCACUACAGAAUCACCUACAGUCCUGUUUCUGACCCCAGCAGCCAGCAAACAAUCAUGGCUUCUGGGAAAAGCAGCAGUGUGACCUUGCAGCCGCUGCUGCCCGAUCGAGCCUACAAGGUGACAAUUUCUGCUGUCCACUACAUGGGAGAGAGCGAGAGCACAACUGCAACGGGUCGGACAGCUCCUGUGAUGUCUAAACUGCCUUCAAUACGAGGAUUUGUUCCAUCUAAGGCAGAAGCCUGUCCCCCCAUCAGCUCUUCUGCAGGCUCCAUACGAGGAUUCGAUAUGAUGGAAGCGUUUGGCUUAGUAGAGAAGGAAUACGCCUCCAUUAAAGGAGUGGCUAUGGAGCCAUUCAUAUUUAGUGGCUCCCGCACCUUCACCCUGUUUAAAGACAUUCAGCUAACCCUGAGGACCAGCGAUGUCCACCUCUUUACCAUCUCACCCGAGCACACCAUAAGCAUCCUCCUGCGCCUCCUGCCUGACACCCCCAAGGAGCCCUUUGCUGUGUGGCAAAUAACCGAUGAGGACUUCCAGCCCCUCCUUGGUGUUAACCUCGACCCCAAUAAGAAAACCUUGACCUAUUUCAAUCAUGACUACAAGGCUGAUUUGCAGGAAGUCUCCUUUGACCAGCAGGAAGUGAAGAAGAUAUUCUAUGGGAGCUUUCAUAAGGUGCAUCUUGCAGUGAGUCUUUUCAAGAUCAAGCUCUAUCUGGACUGUAAGAAAAUAGCAGAGAGACCCAUCAACACCGUUGGCAGCAUCUCCACCGCUGGCUUCAUCAUGCUGGGAAAAGUGACACGGACCAGAGGGCCCAGGAGUGGAUCAGCAUCGUUCCAGCUGCAGUCAUUGCAGGUUGUGUGCAACAGCUUAGGGGCGGAGGAGGACCGCUGCUGUGAUCUUCCUGCGUUGAGGGAUGAGGAGAGCUGCCCCACCAUAGCUCCUGCCUGCUCCUGCACUUCUGGCCGCCCAGGUUUGCCAGGUCCUCCAGGUCCCCCUGGCAGCCCUGGGAGGAGAGGACCACAAGGUGAUCAGGGGGAUCCAGGCCCCAAGGGUGAACCAGGCCCACCUGGAAAAGUGGGACCAGCAGGUCCUAGUGGCCAGCAAGGCUCCCCAGGUUCCCAAGGAAUCACGAUUCAGGGCCCUGUGGGGCCACCAGGUAUUAAAGGAGAGAAAGGAGACACUGGAAGUCCUGGCAUGCAGGGCAUUCCUGGCGUGCAGGGAGCUCCAGGCAGAGAUGGUCUUCAAGGUGCAAAGGGGGUGAGGGGACUGGAAGGCACAGCUGGACCCCCAGGACCUCCUGGACCAAGGGGUUUCCAAGGAGUGACAGGCUCCCGGGGCAGCAGUGGAGAGAAGGGACCUCCAGGUGAUGUUGGACCAACAGGACUACCAGGUCCAAAAGGAGAAAGAGGAGAGAAAGGGGAACCACAGUCCUUGGCCACAAUUUACCAGCUCGUUAGCCAGGCUUGUGAGCGGAUGAUCCAGAGUCAUGUGUUGAAAUUUGACUCAUUCAUUCAUCAACAUGCAAGAAAGCCGGUUCCCAUUUGGGAAGAAAGACUGAAGCCAGGAGAGCCAGGAUUGCCAGGUCCUCCUGGUCCUCCUGGGAGCAAUGGAGAAAGAGGAGAAAAUGGAAUCCCUGGUCAGGCAGGAAAAGAUGGGUAUCCUGGAGAAAGAGGUGCCCCAGGACCCAAGGGAGAAAAAGGAAUGGCUGGAAUCAAUGAGGAAGGGAUGCAAGGACCCAGAGGAAGAACAGGCCCACCAGGAGAAGUUGUGCUGGGGAAACCAGGCCCAAAGGGCUACCCUGGAAACACUGGUCCUCAAGGUUUUCCUGGUGUCAGAGGACAGCCUGGGCAGCCUGGAUACUCAGGGGACUGUGAUGUCUCUGGAUGUUAUGGGCCAGGUAGAAGAGAUUUCAUCCCCUGAUGGCCAAUAUGGAAGCAGCUGAGGACAGUUCUCUGCCCUGGAAAUCUCUGGGUAAAAGCUCCAAGAGAAGCAGCAACCCGAACAUCAAAUGUGUUUGUGGUUUUCUUAUUUCCCACUAUUUCUAUAUGGACAGAUCAAUCAAAUGAAGCCAAUAUCGAAGCCACCAAACCAGCCUGAUGAAUCUCAGCCAUCCACUGUUUUUCAGUGCCAGACACCUGCAGUAUUCAAACUCACAUUGCAUGUCCCACAGCAAGGCACGCAGCCAGAGCUGCAGGCUGACGGACUCGUAAGAAAAAGAAAUAAUGUGUGGAAAUGCUCAGAAAUAACAGAUUUUUGCCCAUUUGUCUGCUUGUGGUUUAUUUUUGUCACUUGUUAUUCUGCAUCCCCAGCACAGAGAGAAACAGCACCUCAUGCCCAAAGAUGUGAAAAUCCACUGGAGUAAAAUAGCAGUUUUCUGUUGGUUGACAAGGUAACAAAACCUAGCACCAUUUGGGCUGUUUCUACUUUUGGCGAAUGGCUGAUGGCUUUCUUGCAAUGGUGCUCUGUGCGGAAGCACUGCAGUCAGUGUGAUUGUCUUCCUGUGAUGUGACAAACCCCAUCUGCAGCCUCGGGGUCUGAUAAGGGCCCCAGGUCAGGCAGGGCACAGCCGUGCACUGCAAGGAGCUGGAGAUCAACCCAAUGGCCUUUCCUACCUUUACUUCCUGUGAUCUGAUCGGUCACUUUGCAUUUUAUCAGGUAGAAUAUUGAAUUGCUCCAAGUCUCACUUAUCCAUCUAACACAGAGGUAAUUGUGUUGUUACGCUCUUUUCCUUUUCGUGAGCCAUGGUCUGAUGUGGAUCCAAACUGUGCAGAUACUGAUAAAAAGUCCCCCCAGCUUCACAGUUGGUACUUUGGGCUCCCUUUCUACUUCAAUCCCCCACUCCUUCCAUCACAAUCAAUUAUCCCUUAGCUUAAUGCAUUACGUGGCAUACAUUAAUUUGCAUGCAGGGAGCUUCUGCAUUCUCAGCUGACUGUCAAACCUAAUAGCUGUGGACAUUGGUAGAUGCAAAGCAAUGGGCAGGAAAGGCAAGGAGACCAAAGGGGUACCCUGCACAGUAAAACCUAAAAUCAACCCCAUCAAACACCCACUAAUGGAGAAAGCAGGUAGUUCGAAGUGCAAAGUCUGCACUUUGCAGGUAAUGUAAUGCAAAUGUAAAUCAGGGCAGCCAAAUUCCCAGCUCUGAGCUUGCAGUUCUGUCUGUUCAAACCCAGUGGCUGCGGGUGGUUUGGCACAGAGCUCCUUUGUUUCUCUCUAUCGAUUAGUUUUGAAAGUGACUAACAUCUUCUCACUGCUCACACUGGGGUUUAAUCCAUGCAUUAGAAUUUCAAGCGGCAUUUGCUUUUCCUGAUUAUUUCAGAUAGAGCAGGAAAGGACAGGUUUUAACAAAACCAGGUCCUGGGAGGGCUAUUGAUUAGGAGAAAGAAAACCUGCACAAACAACUUGUUCAUUAAUGGCCCCAAACUUUGUCCAACUAGUGGUUUCAUUUACUUGAAAUCAGAGGGAUUUUGCCCACGCACUAUUACAGAGUGUACAUGCCAUUGCUUUGCCACUCAGUUCCUUCAGAGAAUGGCUUUGGUUGGAAGGGACCUUUAAGACCACCUAGUUCCAACCCCCUGCCAUGGGCUGGUUGCCUAUACCAGAUCAGGCUGCUCAGGGCCCAUCCAGGCUAGUCUUGAACAAAUGCAUGGAUGGGGCAUCCACAAUUGGAUCCUCAAACCACAGUUCCUUGAAACUACCCAUUGAGGGGAAUUAAUACGUACAGUCUUUGCUGGGGUGCAACCUGUUGUUCCUCCUGUCAAGUUUUUCCCACCCCAUUUAUUAUCUUUAAUGCAAACCGUAGGUAAAAGCAGUGGCAGGAAUUAGCAAUGCAGGAUUUUUCCUAGCAAGGACUUUGCUCUCAAAGCAUUUAUCUCUACAAAUAAAAGUUUGGAUAUUA